CUUGGCUCGCAGUGACUGUCAAAGCCUCUCUUCUGUGUGUGGGAGUCAGCUAAGAUGUUCUCUGGAAUGCUCUUUUUGGAUGCCUGGCUCGAUUGAGGUCUUCAACCAACGAUGUCGAAUCCCCACGUAAAUGGGAGACUACAAGAGAUGGCCGCCGGGGAAAAGUCCAUGCCAUCGUCCUCGAGCGUCGAGCCACCGCUCAUCUCGCCCGCCAGCCCUUCUCAUCUGACUCACUUCAAGCCACUCACGCCAGAGCAGGAUGAGCCGCCACUGCGGUCGGCAUACAGUUCCUUUGUCAACAUGUUUCGCUUCAACAACAAAGAGGAUGGCCGACCUGCCACCGCCGUCUCCGAUAAGGUGGAUGAGGUGCCCCCUUCCCCUCAGUCGGAGAGUCGCAGCUGGUCAUCCAGCCCUUCCCACUCCCGUUAUGGCUCACGGACGCAGCGGAAAUCGCACACCGAACACCUCAGGCGCACCUCCACCGCCUCUGUGGAUUGGCCAGAUAGCAGCAGGAAGUCAGAUACGGCAUUGAGCAAUCAUGACCCUCGCACAGCGGUGCAACUUCGGACAGUGGUGCAACGACUCAAGGAAAUAAUGGAUGGAAAGAGUCAGGACAGCGACUUGAAGCAGUACUGGAUGCCCGACAGUCAGUGUAAGGAGUGCUAUGACUGUAACGAGAAGUUUACCACAUUCCGUCGGCGCCACCACUGCAGGCUGUGCGGACAGAUUUUUUGCAGUCGAUGCUGCAACCAGGAGAUCCCCGGGAAAUUCAUGGGCUACACGGGAGAUUUGCGGGCCUGUACGUACUGUCGAAAAAUAGCACUGAACUACGCCUACUCGGCUGAGUCGGGCUCCAUCAGCGAGGACCUGAACGUCUUGGCUGACUCUUCCUGCUCUGUGUGUGUAUUGGAACCCAGCGAGCCGCGGACGCCCGUGGGCGGACGCAAGGCAAGCAGGAACAUCUUUUUGGAGGAAGACCUCACCUGGCAAAGAAAAACUCCCAUUGGGAUGAGCAAAACAAUGAUUCAUCAAGAACCACAGAAGAGUGUUCUCCCUUCCAGACUCGCCACGUUGCAAGAAGAUGUGGGUAAAUCUCCUACCAGGAGGAGGUCUGCCAGCGUCUCUAACCUGUCUCUGGACUGCUCUGGAUCUAUGGUGCCGUCAUACGACAGCUCGGUCAGCCCGCCCACCACACGAGCCUUGUCGGGCGCCAAGAGUGUCACCAAGCUGGACCACAGCGAGGAGGAGAGGAAGAACCUUGUGGACUCAUCGCAACUAAAGGACCUGUGGAAGAAAAUCUGCCACAACAACACAGGGAUGGAGUUCCAGGACCACAGAUACUGGCUGAGGACCUACCCUAACUGUAUUGUGGGAAAGGAGCUGGUGAAUUGGCUGCUGAGGAAUGGCACUAUCUCCAACAGGGCGCAAGCAAUCGCCAUCGGCCAGGCCUUGGUCGAUGGCCGCUGGCUUGACUGCAUCACGCACAACGACCAGAUGUUCAGAGACGAGUACGCCCUUUACCGCCCCCUGCAAAGCACAGAGUUCUCCGAAACACCAUCUCCAGACAGUGACAGCAUCAACUCUGUGGAGGGGCAUUCUGAGCCGUCCUGGUUUAAGGACAUCAAGUUUGACGAUAGCGACAUGGAGCAGCUUGCAGAGGAGUCCGACUACAACGUAUCAAGCUCUGCCAACCACAGCAAGAGGACGUCCGUCAGCAGUUCCCAGUCCAUAAUUGACAGCGAUUCGGCUGCCUCCAUCAGCCUCAACAUGGAGCACAACAAUGUCAACUUCCACAUUAAGAAGCAGUCCAAGUAUCCACAUGUGCCUCCCACAGCUGAACAAAAAGCUGAAUUUUUCAUGUCAGAGGACGGAGGAGAGAACAUUGUGAUCAGCGAUGCCUUCAUCAAAGAGUCUUUGUUUAAUCGGCGUGUGGAGGAGAAGGCUAAAGAAAUGCUGUUCACACCUCUCGGUUGGCACCACAGCUCACUGGACCAGCUCCGAGAAGAGAACGGAGAGAAGAAGGCCAUGGAGAGGCUGCUCUCCGCCAAUCACAGUCACAUGAUGGCACUGCUGCAGCAACUGCUCUACAGCGAGUCACUCUCGCUGUCUUGGCGGGACAUCAUUGUGCCAGUUGUCCGCCAGGUGGUCCAGACAGUGCGACCCGAUGUCCGGAACUGCGAUGACGACAUGGACAUCAGACAGUUGGUCCACAUUAAGAAGAUCCCUGGCGGGAGAAAAUUCGAUUCAACUGUGGUAAAUGGCUUUGUAUGCACCAAGAACGUCGCCCACAAAAAGAUGAAUUCGUACAUCAAGAACCCCAAAAUCUUGCUGCUGAAGUGCUCCAUCGAGUAUCUUUACAGGGAAGAAACUAAGUUUACUUGCAUCGAGCCCAUCGUCCUGCAGGAGCGAGAGUUUUUAAAGAAUUAUGUUCAACGCAUCGUGGACGUCCGACCGAACCUGGUGCUGGUGGAGAAGACAGUGUCUCGUAUUGCUCAGGACAUGUUGCUGGAACAUGGAAUCACCUUGGUGAUCAACGUCAAACCGCAAGUGUUGGACCGUGUGAGUCGAAUGACCCAAGGAGACCUCGUGAUGUCCAUGGAUCAGCUUCUUACCAAGCCUCGACUGGGCACCUGUCAUAAAUUCUUCAUGCAACCCUUCAUCCUGGCCAACGAUGAUGUCAAGACGCUGAUGUUCUUCGAAGGCUGCGCUGCCCACCUGGGCUGCUCCAUCAAGCUGCGCGGCGCCUCCGAGUACGAGCUGGCCCGCGUCAAGGAGAUCAUCAUGAUGAUGGUGUGUGUGGCCUAUCACUCGCAGCUGGAGAUCUCCUUCCUCAUGGAUGAGUUUGCCAUGCCACCCAGCUUGGCCCAGAGCAAUUCCUUCCCCUGCCUGCUGGAUGGCAAGGUCGAGGCCAAUGCCGAACAGACGGAUGAGGAGAGCUACAACCCGACUGUGAGAACUGAUGAUUGUGUGACGUGUGGAUGUCCAGAGGAUGACGCAUUUGGAAUUGAAAUAAGCCAGGAGUAUCCAAGGUCAUCAUCUUCCUCUGCUCAAAGCGAGGAAGCUGGUUUCAAACAGACCUUGACUUCUUCACCAUUUUCAAGCGCUCCUGCUCCUCCUCUGUCGGUUUCUCCGCCGUUUCUCAUGGAGGAAGAACAGCAGCUGACGGCGAACGCAUUCAGGAGGACCUCGGAUGAUGAUGAUACAUCUGAGCGAGGAAACCUGGAGAAGGAGGAGGUGGAAAGUACAGAGGAUAAGGGAUCAGAAAUGUCGAUGCCCCGGUUGUUCCGAGACCCCUUGCAGGACGACACGGGCUUGUUUGUAGCAGAGCAGGUGACGUCGACCGACGACCGCCUGAAGUCCAUCUCUCAAGUCUUCAAGCAGGAGCUGAAGGAUAUCAUCUUGUGUAUCUCGCCCUUCAUUACAUUUCGAGAACCGUUUCUCCUCACGCCUGCCGGCAUGCACUGCCCCAGCAGGGAUUACUUCCCUGAAAAGGUCUACCUCUCCCCCCUCCUCAACAAAGAUUUCAAAGAACUGGACGGGCGGCGGAAGCGACAGCUCCUCAAAGACUCUGCGUCCACCUCACUGGUCAGCAGCCAGACCAACGGCGUCGCUCCAUUGAAACACGUCGAUGUCCUCCCGUGCCACGGCCUCACUAGCACCCGUAUUGUCGAGCAACUGAACAGCAGCCAGGACCUCGCCAACAUGCUGGCAGAAUACAGAGCAAAGGGAGGGCGAAUUCGGCAGAGGGAAUCCAUUGACCCCUUCAAUUCUGCCAACGCGGCCGGACUGGUGAACGGCUACCACAGGAGCGAGGAGACGCCCUCACCACUCAUCAAGGGGCCCAUCAAGGCCGAUAGCGAAGACGACAAACCAAGCAAGCAGAGCGAGACGGGCGUGGUCCCUAAGAUGGACUCUCUAACGCCAGUCAAUCAUCAGCGGCUGUGCGUGCUUUUCAGCAGCUCCUCAACUCAGUCCAGUAAUGCUCCAAACCCUUGCGUCAGCCCCUGGAUCGUCACUAUGGAGUUCUACGGAAAGAACGACCUCUCACUGGGUGUGUUCUUGGAACGAUACUGCUUCAGAUCAUCUUACCAGUGUCCAAGCAUUUUCUGUGAGACUCCCAUGGUGCACCACAUCCGCCGCUUUGUGCACGGCAACGGCUGCGUGCAGAUUGUGCUGAAGGAGCUCGACUCCCCCGUUCCCGGUUACCAGCACACCAUUCUCAACUACUCCUGGUGCCGCAUCUGCAAACAGGUGACGCCUGUGGUGCCGCUGUCCAAUGACUCCUGGUCAAUGUCUUUUGCCAAAUACCUGGAGCUGCACUUCUACGGCCACCAGUACACUAGGCGGGCCAACGCGGAACCCUGCGGACAUUCCAUUCACAAAGACUACCACCAGUACUUCUCGUACAACCAGAUGGUGGCGUCCUUCAGUUACUCGUCUGUGAGGUUGUUGGAGAUUUGUCUUCCCCGCCCCAAAAUUUUCAUCAGGAACCAGGGGCCUUCCAAAGCCAUUCUACAGCAGGACUUGAAAGACUUCUCCCAAAAAGUCAUGCAAGUCUACUUGGCCAUUGAUGACCGCCUCACUUCCCUGAAGACUGAGACCUUCAGUAAGACACGAGAGGAGAAGAUGGAGGACCUCUUUGCCCAAAAAGAUAUGGAGGAGGCCGAGCUGCGUAGUUGGAUCGAGAAGCUCCAAGCGCGGCUACAGGCCUGCGGUCUGGAUUCUCCGCAGCAGCUCCAGGCAGUGCUGGAGUCUCUUGUAGUGAAGAAGCAGAGCCUCUGUGAGAUGCUGCAGUCUUGGAACAGCAGGUUACAAGAUUUAUUCCAGCAGGAGAAAGGCCGUAAACGUUUAUCAGUCCCACCGAGCCCGGGCCGCCACCGACAGACCGCCGCUGAUGACAGCAAGAGCACCCUGGACUCCUCACCACGUAACCCCUCGCCAGUAGUCCAGAAUGGCGACAAAGAGGACCGUCACCUCAACACAUUGGCCUCCACGUCGUCCUCCUCCACCGCGUUGCUGUCGCCAGUGGAACUUGGGGCCGAGCCAAACACGCCCGGCGGCCCCUCCUUCACGGAGCCGGAUUCUGUCAGCAUUCCAGAAGACGUGUUUGACGGACACUUGCUGGGUUCCACUGACAGUCAGGUGAAGGAGAAGUCCACCAUGAAGGCCAUUUUGGCCAAUUUUCUACCCGGUAACAGCUACAACUCUAUUCCCUUCCCGUUUGACCCAGACAAGCAUUACCUGAUGUACGAACAUGAACGGGUUCCCAUCGCUGUGUGUGAGAAGGAGCCAAGCUCCAUCAUCGCCUUUGCACUCAGCUGCAAGGAAUACAAAACGGCAUUGGAUGAUUUGUCCAAGGCGUCCAACGCAGGAGCGGACGAGGUGUCACAAGCCAACAGUAGCGGCGAGAGCCGGGCCAAGGGCAGCCCCGCCAGGCUCGGCGAGUCAUCCGUGCAGAGUCGCAGCAUCACAGAAGCUGAUCCGCCCAAAGACACUGAUGUGGCUGACAAACAAAAGAAGCAAUCGCAGAAUCCACACAUUGAGCUCCAGUUCUCAGACGCCAACGCCAAGUUCUACUGUCGCAUCUACUACGCUGAUGAGUUCCACAGGAUGAGGGAAGAGAUCUUGGAGAGUGCCGAGGAAGAUUUUGUCCGCUCGCUCUCCCACUGCGUCAACUGGCAGGCACGUGGCGGAAAGUCUGGAGCAGUUUUCUAUGCCACUGAAGAUGACCGCUUCAUCCUGAAGCAGAUGCCAAGACUGGAAGUCCAAUCCUUCCUGGACUUUGCUCCUCACUACUUUACCUACAUCACGGGAGCUGUGCAACAAAAAAGGCCGACUGCUCUGGCAAAGAUUCUCGGCGUUUACCGCAUCGGUUACAAGAACUCUCAGAACAACACUGAGAAGAAACUGGACCUGCUUGUGAUGGAAAACCUUUUUUAUGGACGCAAGAUGGCUCAGGUUUUCGACCUGAAGGGCUCGCUGCGAAACCGCAACGUGAAGACGGACUCGGGCAAGGAGAGCUGCGAGGUGGUGCUGCUGGAUGAGAACCUGCUCAAGCUCAUCUACGACAACCCGUUGUACAUCCGCUCGCAUUGCAAGUCGGUGCUGCGCGCCGCCAUUCACAGCGACGCCUACUUCCUGUCAAGCCAUCUCAUCAUUGACUACUCACUACUGGUGGGACGCGACGAUGCCACUGAUCAGCUGGUGGUCGGGAUCAUCGAUUACAUCAGGACUUUCACAUGGGAUAAAAGGCUGGAGAUGGUCGUUAAAUCAACUGGGAUUCUGGGAGGUCAAGGGAAGUUGCCCACAGUGGUGUCGCCCGAGCUGUACCGCGCCCGCUUCUGCGAGGCCAUGGACAAGUACUUCCUCAUGGUGCCUGAUCACUGGACCGGAUUGGGUGUCAACUGCUGAGCGGGACAUAUGCAUGGGGAUGCAAGAAAACCUGGUCCAACAUUUAAUGCACGCUGGAAUUUUUUUUAAAAAAUUGUUUUCACUGACAAACAACCGUGUCACCAUUCCAUACAACACAAACCAUAUUCCGUCAUAUUUUUUAAGAAGUGCACUGCUGUGGAGAUGCACUUAUUAUUUUAUCUUGUGGACCCACGUUGACGCUGUCAUUUAGUUUGCUACUGUAAUUUAAAGUUUGAAUAUGUACAGAGAUUAUGUAACUAUUAAAAUAUUAACGUUGAUCUUUAAA